AUCAAAUGGCUCCUAUUGGCAAAAUCUACACUUAUCCCAACAACCCCCGUGUGUUCAAGGCACUGAUUGCUGCCAAGUACAGCAAGGUCGAGGUUGAGGAAGUCCAUGUUGCCAUGGGCAAGGACAACAAGACUCCCGAGUUCCUUGAGAAGUUCCCCCUUGGAAAGGUUCCUGCCUUUGAGGGUACUGACAAGUGUGUCCUUUAUGAGAGCAGUGCUAUUGCCUACUACAUUGCUUCCUAUAAGGAUGGUGGUGAACUUGUUGGCAAGAACAAGCAAGAAAUUGCUCAAAUCCAGCAGUUCCUUUCUCUUGCUGAUAAUGAGCUUUUCCUUCCUGCUCUUUGGUGGAUCUACCCCAUUCUCGGCUACUAUCCCUUGGAUGACAAGAAUACGGCCAGUGCCAAGGAUAGACUCAAGUCCCUGCUAACUGCUCUUGACAAGCAUCUGCUUACCCGUACCUUUUUUGUUGGCGAGCGUGUGACUCUUGCUGACAUUGUCCUUGUUUGCUCGCUUUAUUCCUUUUACAAGAUGGUUCUUGAGCCAUCUUUCCGUGCUCCUUUCAAGAACUUGAACAGAUGGUUCACCACCUGUGUCAACCAGCCUGAAUUCAAGGCUGUUCUUGGAGAAGUUGCUCUUUGCGAGAAAAUGGCAGUUGCCGAGGCUGCCAAACCUGCACCCAAGGCUGCUGCUCCUAAGGCUGCCGCAAAGCCAAAGAAGGAUGCUGAUGAGGAAGAGGAACCUAGCUACGCCGACGAGAAGCCAAAGGAGAAGAACCCCUUGGACCUUCUCCCCAAAUCUUCUAUGGUUCUUGACGAGUGGAAGCGUGUAUAUUCCAACAAUGACACUCGUCCCACUGCCGUUGACUGGUUCUGGGCAAACUUUGAUCCUCAAGGCUACUCUAUCUACAAGGUUGACUACAAGUACAACUCUGAGCUUGCAAUGGUUUUCAUGUCUAGCAAUCUUGUUGGUGGAUUUUUCCAACGUCUCGAGUCAUCCCGCAAGUAUGCUUUUGGAUCCCUUGUUAUUCUUGGUGAAGAUGGCAACAACCAAAUCACUGGUUACUUUGUAUUCCGUGGUCAAGGCAUUCCAUUUGAGGUUUCAGACUGCCCUGACUUUGAGUCUUAUGACUUUGUCAAGGUUGAUCACACUGACUCUGCAGUUCGUGCCGAGUUUGAGGCCGUUCUUGCAUGGGACGAGACAAUCAACGGAAAGAAGUGUGCUGAUGGCAAGAUUUUCAAAUAAAUCUCACAUGGCUUGCAUAGCAUAUUCUCUUCAUUUGAUUUUUUAGUCAUCCUACUACUGAAUCAUGCGAUUGCUUCUUGAAUAAAAAAACAUUUAUUUUGCACCGAU